UUUAAUCAACCAAAUUAUCAUGGUUCUUUGUUAAAAUUAUUUUUAAUCACGUUUGAACACUUGUAAAUAAUGUUUUCUUUUAUAUAAUUACAAAAACAAAUUUAAUUUAAUAUUAUUUAGUGUAGCUAAUUUGUUACUAAAAUAAUUAUAUCUACUCGUUGUUGCUUUUAAAUUGGUAUAUAAGCGGCCUAAUUUUGAAUUGAAAAUUAUCCUGAUAGGAAAAAAAAAAAUGAAUAAUAAUAGUUGUUUAAAGAAAAAAGAUAUAAUUGUGAUAUUUAUUAAUUUAAUGGUGCUAUUCAUAGUCAUUUAUUUAUACUAUAUUAUUGAUAGUUUAAAAACUAUACUUUCAAAUGCAAAUGUUCUAAAAAAAUCUUCAAAAUCUGAUCUUACUGAAGAUUAUACCAAUAAUUUUGAUGAUUUUAAAACGACAAAUCAAAAUGUGAACAUUAGACAUACUAGAUCAACCAAUUCCGUUAAAUGUAAUUUUGUAUAUUUGUAUUUAUAUGUAAGCUUUAGUAUUUUUUUUAAUAUUAUUUAAUUUUUUUUUUUUAGCUCACAAAUUGUCCUCAUUUUCAUUGGCACAACCAAAUAUUGAUUUUGAACAAAAUGGUAGUUUAAACAAAAGCAUUUACUCCAAUAGAUUAACUUGUAAUUUACCAUAUUUACACUGGUAUAUUUCAAUGUGUGUAUCAUGAUACAUUUUUUUUUGGACUACCAAUGUAAUUUAUAGUUUUAAUAUACCGUUUGAAUAUAACUAAUGCAACAAGUGAAUCAAAUAUUUAUUUAAAUUCAAAUAGCCUCAGUGUAAACAUGGUAGCAGGUACAUUUUAUAUACUGAUUAUGAAUUUAUGAACAGGCAUUUUGGGACCCUGGAUUUUGUCAAACAAAAGUUUAUCAAAUGACAAAUGCCCUAUAAAAUUAACAUCAAGAAGAACUCUAUUAGAGAUUGUUGAUGAAGGACUUUAUUUUGUUUACAUACAGGUAAUAUUAUGUUAUAUUUCUAAUAUACUUUAAAUUUUAAGAACCUACCAGUAAAAUAUGUUAUCUGUAUUAACUACUUAGUUAGGUGUUUUUUUAAUUACUUUAUCUUUUUUGAUUUAAUUAAUUUGUAUACUUUUAUAACUGUAACAAGUGAUAUUCAAGUGAAUAUCAAAUUAUAUAAUGUGUAUUGAGUUUUGGUUGUAUUGGAUAUUAAACACUUAGUUAGGUGUGUGCUAUAUUAUUUUAAUAUUUAUAAAACAAAAAUUUGAUUAAUAUUACGACUGAGUCAUCAAAUCCUAUCAUAAAGUUUUACUUAUUAGGUAUAUUAUUUAUCAUCUUCUGUAAGAAACAGUUUUACCAUGACAAAAAUAACAGCUGAUAUAAAUGAAACACUAUCUGUAUGCAGUGCUAUGGGUGCUUGUGGAACAGAAAUUUCUUGUUUCACGUCUAUUGUGGAAUAUUUCAAGACUGGAGAAUCAAUUUUAAUUAGGCUCAGAGAAAUGUCUUCUUCUAUAAGUCUUAGUCGUAAAGCUUCUCACACUUAUCUAGGCUUUAUUAAGUUAUCAUAAUUAUUUAAUCCUCAAUAAUGAUAUUGUGAUAAAAAAAUGCAAUUUCAUUGCAUAUAUAUUAUGGUUUUUAUUUUAUUUUACUAUUAACUUAAGAAACCAAUAUUAAUAAAAUAUGUUAUUAAAA